CCCGGUGCCUCCUCGGCAGAGGGGACAGCGUGGGGACAGCGAGGCGGUGGCACUGCCAGGCUGGAGUGGCACCACCAGGACACAGCGGUGACACUGCCGGGACACAGCGGUGACACUGCCGGGAUACCACGGUGACACUGCCAGGACACAGCAGUGACACUGCCAGGACACAGCGGUGAUACUGCCAGGACACAGCGGUGACACUGCCGGGACACAGCGGUGACACUGCCAGGAUACAGCGGUGACACUGCCAGGAUACAGCGGUGACACUGCCGGGAUACAGCGGUGACACUGCUGGGAUACCACGGUGACAUUGCCAGGACACAGCAGUGACAUUCCCAGGACACGGUGACAUUGCCAGGACACAGUGACAUUUCCACGCCCCAGCGGUGACAUUCCCAGGACACGGUGACAUUCCCAGGCCCAGCGGUGGCCGGUGGCCAUGGGCUGCGGGUGGCUGUGGCUGCUGCUGGCGCUGCUGGCCGGGCUCUGGGCGCAGCCGGGCCGGGCCGGGCACUGCCAGGACGGGCAGCUGAGGCUGGGCUGGGGCGGCGGCACCAAGUGCUGCCCCAACUGCAGCUGGGAGCUAGGAAACCCCGAGCCCUGCGAGGCAGCGCGAGACCCUGACUGCAAAUGUCCCCGAGGCUACAGCUGCGCCGACGAGGCCUGCCAGUUCUGCCGGGAGCUGCCGCGGUGUGAACUGGGAUGGGAGCCCAGCAGGAGCGGGAACCUGGGAAUGGGAAUGGGCUCGGGAGUGGGAAUGGGACAGGCCCUGCCAGUGCUGCCGGGAGCUGCCGCGUUCUGCCAGGAGCUGCUGCGGUGUGAGCCGGGAUGGGAGCCCAGCAGGAUAGGAACAGUGAAUUUCCAGUUCGGGUGCAAGCCCUGCCGGAACGGGAGCUAUUCCAGCAGCAGGAACAGCUGGUGCCGCAACUGGACUGACUGUGAGAGCAGCGGGUUCAUCAUGCUCUGGGCAGGGAACAGCACCCACAACUCUGUGUGCAGCUUACCCGUCAGAGCCCUGGAGCCAGCUCGGAUUCCCCUGGAAUUCUCCUCCGGCUCUGUCCUGGCUGUCCUGGCGGCCGCGGCCGUGUUCGUGCUGGUCCUGCUCACGGUCCUGCUGCACUUCUGCAUCUGGAGCCUUCGGCGGGACAAAACAUUCCCAGCCGGAGAUCCGGGACACAACUUCCCGCAGGCGUCGCCGCAGCUCCCGCUCCAAGGGGAGGAAUCCCACAGCAUCCAAUUCCCAGAGGAGGAGCAUGGGGACAAAACGGCUGAGGAAAAACUUUCCAUCCUCUCCCUGAAAAUCUACAGCGAGCUCAGCUAACGGAUCCCUCCCAGGAUCACCGGGAAUGCAGGGCUGAGCCGGGCUUCCCAAAAAACCAAAAAAAAAGCGGGAAUGGGAUGGGGUGUGAAGCAUCGCUUCUCUGUAGGAAAAGGAGUGGAUUUAGGGCAAGUUUGGCUUUGUUUUUCCCAAAAAAAUGGGAAUUUAGGGAUAAAAUCCCUCUGAUUCAGGCUGGUGUUGAUUCAGGAGAUCAGUGGGAUUUCCUGGGAUAUCCCGAUUUCCAGGAUUGGGAAUAGCGGCCACGUCUCAUGGUUUUCCCUCAUCUUUCCUGAUUGUUCAUUCCCAACCUCAUUCCAGUCUCUCCCAAUCCCAUUCCCGCUCCCACCCAAAGAUUCCCUUGGGAAGCUCCUGCUGUGCUGCCAGGGAUUUUCCUGUGCAGGUUCUUCCAAGGAAAAUCGGGAAAAGGGGGAGUGAAGCUCAUGCAGGGAAUGGUCAGAGCUCCAGAAAAAUGGAGGGAAUGGGAAAAAAUCCUGGAAAAAGCUCUCAAGUGGGAUUUUGGGAUUUCUGAUCCCUGUGGGACCCUUCCCACUUAGGAUAUUCCAUGAUUUUAUGAUGAAUUCCAGCAGGUUUUGGAAGUUUUUGAGAUGCCGACAUCUGUAUCAAUAAUUAUGGAUCAUUAGGGUUAAUUAGGGAUAAUUCAGGAUGAGUUUCUCAUGUCUUUGGUGGUUAUUCAGUGGCAAUCCAUGGAAAUUCCUGGGAUUUCAGAGGGUUUCAAUAUGUGCACAUGGAUUAAAACUCUCCUGGAUGAUCCUUGGAUUUUGGAUCAACUCCAGAGAGCCCGGCUGGGAAAUCUGGGAAUGUUCCCCUGGAGCAGGAUUGGGAUAAGGGAUGGAGGGACAGGACAAUGGGAACGGCUUCCCACUGGAAAAGGGCGGGGUUGGAUCGGAAAUCCGGGAAAAAUCCCUCCCUGGGAGAUUCCAGAAGUUCCCGGGGAGUUCCAGCAGGUGCUGCUGUUUCCCUGGAUUUGGGGUUGGGAUCACAGCUGGGAAUUCCUGCAGGAACAAAGACCCCAAAAGCUGGGCUGGGAAGUUUCAGAUUCCCUGGGAAAAUCUGGGAAAUUCCAAAGAAAAACUCGGGAAAUUCCAAAGGAAAACUCCUUUUAGUAAAGUUUUUUUUUGCUUUUGGGAUUUGGAUUUUCUUUGGCUUUCACCUCCAGCGUCAUUCCCAAAUUAUCCCGAGGAAACUGAGCCUUCUCCCCUUUGGAAUUUUAUCCCAGUCCUGGAGAGGAUGGAGCCAUCCUGGAAAACCUGGCUAAGGAAAAAAUCCCAUUUUUGGGGCUGGAAUUCAAAUUCCUCCCUCCAGGAGAAGAGGAUCCGGAUAUGGGAAUGGGAACAAGGUCCAAACAAAAGCCCCAAAAUUCCAUCCAAACCCCGGCUUUGUUUUCCCCUUUUCCCAACCCUUUGGAAGCCGAGCGGCAGCAGAGGGAGCUCCUGGAAAAGCGAAUUCCAGAGGGAACAGCCAGAGAGGGGAGGGAAUUCAAGACUGACCAAUAUUUCCUGGAUAAUUCCCUGGAUUUGUGCUGGACUUUUCCCACAUUUCCUGCCCGUCCCGCACCUGCUCCACUCUGCUCUGGAAUCGAGGAAUAAAGGAGAGGGAUUUGGGAA